UCAUGUACAAUAAAUAAUUCUAUAACUAUACGAAGACCAUUACGGUUUUUGGAUUUUCUUGAAUAUGAAGGUUUUAUGGCUCGUCUUCGUGCACGUGAACAACAAGGACGAUCAUUACGUGUUUUAAUUAAUCCAAUUGAUAAAUCUGUUGAAGCAUCUUAUUCAUAUGCUCUUUUGAAUCACUGUUAUAUAAAAUAUACAAAAAGAUUAAUUAAGAAAUUAGAAGAAACUCGAAAACGUCUUGAAGGAAACUCUGAUUGGCCACAUAAAUCAAGACCAAUAACGGAUGAGGAAUUACAGUUUGCAUCAAAUUGUAUAGAAGUCAUUCGAAAAUGA